UCGUUUGUGGUUUGUUUUAUUGUUAUAAAAUGGUGUUAUCCGCUGGUGACCCGAUUGUGCGAGUGUUGGAGGACCUUAUAGAGACGGUUCCCUUCGUUGGGUCCCUGAUUCGUGGUGGUUCGCGAUUCUAUGAUUUCCACGAGUUGUUGUUAGAGCCUCUUCCCUCUUGGGCUCCACGGGAAAUUUUUGAGUACCGUAUAGCUCUUACUCUUCCCGCCAUCCGGUCUGGCCAAUAUUUUGGGUUGGGGUUGGUCGAUCUCCUCAAUAGCCAGCGAGAUUCUAGUGAGAUGACGGGCCAUCCUUUCUGGAUUCCGGGUUUUGAGGUUGGGGAUUUUGACGUAAUUCUCCCGGCAUCUUUGGAGUCCUUUCCCUGGGAAACCGUGCAAGAGGUCACUGAACUCUGGCUUACCCUGACGGUGGAGAAUUAUUAUCGCGUCCCUCUGUUCUCCCAUUCUGCCCCGUGUCUCCUGUUUGACCUUCUUUACGAUGCUUGUUGGGAUCGUGUGGAGACUAUCCUCAGGAUGGGGAUUACUCGUGAGGUUCGGCGACAGGAGAAUCUGCGCCUGUGGCUAUCGGGUGAUUUUUGUCUCCCCCGUCUCUUUAUUGAGGGUCCCUGUCCGGUGGCUCCCCGUAUGUAUCAAUACGGGGAUGAUCCUCUGGAAUAUCUACGAUAUUUGUCCGGGGAUCCUACUCUCGGGGAGGAGAUCGUCGACGAGUACGACUGGUUUGCCUUCUUCGAGCAUGUUCGUGGGGAUGCCUUUGAUCGUCUUCGCGGUGUCUAAGGCUGAGGGAAUCCUCUUUUCUCCGGAUGCGGCCAUCGUACCCGGUUUUACCGCGUCC